AAUUCAAACUGAGUUUGAGGUUUAAGUUAAUAAAUAAUAGAAUCAAAUUCACUAUUUAACCAUGUUUUAUUUAAACAAAUAGUAAAUGUUUAAAAGAUAUUACAGAUUUUAUGUGUGUGUUUAUGUACAGCUCUCAGCACGGUUACUAGGCAACGGCUUCGCGUGCUACCCUGAGGCGCUUUCUCGAUUAGCAUUAGCACUAGCGUCCAAAAAUGCGCUUUAGUGGUGAAAAAACAAUUUUUUUUUGAAGAAAUAAAUUAAGGUUAGUAAACAACAUGCCUGUUUGUGUACAGCAGGCGUCUAAGGCUGUUUCCACCUGCCAAACAGCAGGAAAUCCCCCUGAGUCGUGGGACCAAGACGACAGAAGCACAACAUUAGAUGCAGAAAGUGCAGAAAGUGCUCAGGCUGAGGAGGAGGAGAAGGAAGAGGAGCAGAAAGACAUGGAGGAUGGUGAACUGACUGAAGAUGAAGUGGCUAAAUAUCUCUCCAAUCUGGGCCGCUCAGCUACAGGACUACAGCAUGUCUACCUGUCCCUCUCUAUACCUAGGAAAAGCUUGAAAAAUGUGUCCAUUUUGUCCAAUUACAUCCAUCUUCAAAAACUUGAACUCCCCAACAACAAAAUAAAAGAUUUAUCCUGCGUGAGCCACAUGCCAUACCUUAUCGUACUUGAUGUUUCCCACAACGAAAUCUCCGACUUCUUUGGAUUCCAGCCACCAAAAAAUCUCAAGGAAGUGGAUUUCUCUCACAACCACAUUUCUUCAAUGAAGGAUUUGUCAGCCUAUACUUGUCUUCGCAAGCUAAUUCUAGACUAUAACUCCAUCAGCGAAAUCCGGGGGCUGGAGAAGUGCAGCAGCCUGACUCACCUCAGCAUGGAGCACAACAAGAUUUUGCGUAUCAGUGGCCUGAGAAAUCUGCCUCUCAGACAGCUCUACUUGAAGGGGAAUCUGAUAAAGAGGACUGAGAAUUUACAAACACUCCGGACUCUGCAGAUCCUGGACUUGUCCUCAAACAGAAUUCAAAGCCUGUCUGGUCUUCAGGACCUCCACCUCCUGGCAAAUAUCAAUCUUGAAAGCAAUAUGAUUGGUGAGAUCAAAGAAUGUACGCACUUGCAAUACCUCCUGCUACUGAGAGACCUCAAUCUCAAGAGAAACCCAGUACAAGAACAACCUGACUACAGACUGGCUGUGAUCUUCAUUCUUAAUCACCUUACUGUUAUGGAUGAGAAGCCUGUGACUGUUGAGGAAAAGGUUUUGGCUGUUAACAAGUACGAUCCGUCUCUAGAGGUGGUGGCAGCCAGAGAUCACAUGACCCACAUGAUGUACCAGCACAUGCAGCCGCAAGGCAUCUUUGACAGCACCCUGCCCAGUCUGGACACUCCAUACCCCAUGCUGGUCCUGACAGGGCCACAGGCUUGUGGAAAGCGGGAGCUGGCCCAUAAGCUGUGCCAUGAAUAUAGUGACUUCUUUGGUUAUGGGGCUUGCCACACCACCAGGGGGCCCUACUUCGGGGAGGAAGAUGGCUGUGACUACCACUUCGUCCAGGAUGAAGAAUUUCAAAACAUGAUUCGUAUGGGCAGCUUUGUGCAGACGAUGCAGUAUGGAGGGCAUUGGUACGGGCUGUCUCGAGAGGCCAUCGAGAGCGUGGCCAGAGAGGGGCUUGCCUGCUGUGUUCACAUGGAGCUGGAGGGUGUGUUUAGUCUGAAAACCUCAUACUUCGAACCCAGAUACAUCUUGCUGAUCCCGACUAGAAUCGAAGACUACGUUUCACACAUGAAGGCCCGAGGCUUCUACACUAAAGCUCAGAUAGAGAAAGCCGUGUCACGGAUCGACCUCUACACCAAAAUCAACAGAGAGCGGCCUGGCUUCUUCGACAGCGUGAUCAUCUGUGAUGAUCGCAAAGAGGCAUACAGCGCUCUGAGGCAGCUUAUAAAGGAGUACCUGGGUCUGGAGGAGCAGGAGAAAGAAGGCAGACGGAGCACCGGAGUUACACCGCAAAAUGCCACCACAGAUGAGGGUGGUGAGUCUAUGACAGCCAAGAAGCUAGACGCCAACCCUACAGACACCUACAGCCAAAAUUACUACAGCAAAGUCCAAACCAGGCUGCUGCCUCAGAAAACCUCAGCAGAACUGGCGUCUAUCCAUAGGAGACAGCAGAUGGUUCGAGAUGCCCUGGUGGGUAAGAUUCCCAGGGCUUACACACAGCUCUUUAAAAGAUAUGUUCAUCCAGUUCCAUCAUUACUGACCCCUCAGUCUGCGGACCAUAAUGAGGACAGCAGCUCAGAGGAAUCGUGCACCAGUUCUGGCCUGUCCAUGAACGGCUCAGCAGGGGUACUCUCUGUGGGAAGCCCAGCUGAUGGCUUGGAUGCAGGGUCAGGGCCAAAGGUGGAGCCUCUGGAUGUCUCCCUUUUGGGGCAAAACCUGGAAAGACUCAAAGAUCACAUGGAGCCAGGUCUGAGCCCAGAUUCCUCACGCUCAGCUCCUGAGCAAGCGUCCCCGACUGUGGCCUCCUCUCCGGGACGUCCAGGCUCCAACGCCAAACCCAUUCUUCCCCCCAUCCCGCUGGGACGCAAGGCCGCCGAAUCCGGAUCUGUGCAACAGCUGACAGGGCAGGCAGGACAGGUGGAUGAGGGAUAGCCGAAAGAGAGAGAGAGAGAGAGAGAGAGAGGAAUAGGAAUGGGUUUGUAAUAGAAGGUAAAAUGUAAUUCUAAUAGCGUUAAGGACCUGUGCAGAACGUUUAGUUCACUGUAACGUCAGAGUUAAACCCCCGUGGUCAUCUGCAUGCAGAUCAUGAUGAGAGUAGAGAUGUAAAACCUAAAAGAAACAUCUUCCCUAUCUGAUGUCCUGAAGAGCCCGAAGGCUAACUAUAGAUCUAAAAAUAUUUCCAUUUUAAUAUAAUCUUACAAAUUCUAACCCUGAAUAAUACCAAUGUGAAAAUAAAUGAUUUCGGUAUUAAGGUAAUCAUUUGAGCUCACUGCACGCUGGCAGUGUUUUUUUGAUCCACAAUGAAAAUAUAUCCAAACACAUGCCAAAAUUCCCCAACAUUUUCUUUUUAUUUAUUAUUAAAGACAGCACAAUGCCACUUUUCCUUUUUCAGUACAGAUACUGAUCCUGAAACCUGGAGUAUCAGCUGAAAUCGAUACCCAUCUGAAAUUUUUUUACUUUAAAAUUUGUAAAAAGUUUUAGAAAUGGAAGAAAAAAUAUGACAAAAUCGCAGCUUUCACUGAAAAUAUAAUAAGUAUAUUAAAUGUAAAGUAUAAAUAUAAAAUAUAUAUUUAAAAAAAAUACAAAUAAAAUAAAUUCAAUCCUAACAAAAGCAUAUAGUCCUUCCUCUUUAUACGUAAAAAAAAGAAAAAAAAUCUUUUCCAAAUCUAAUUCCAGUCUUUGUCAUUUGUUACAAGUUCGGAUCAAAUUCAUCCACCUUUUCUUUUUUUUUAUUAUUAUUAUUAUUUAUUAAUUUUUUUUAUUUAACAUUUACUUAACCAGGGUAUUCAAAACAAAACUCUCUUAUAACACACUCAUUACAGCACUUCGACACCAUUAAAAAUAAUUUCUUUAUAAAUAGCUUAAACUCUGAUCCUGAGAUGAACAGCAGAACUUUCAGAUGUUUUUGUAAGUCAUUUUGCAAUGAUAGAGGGCUGUAACUGUUUACAAUCAGGUUUCACUGAUGAAUGGAAAUUGGUGAUAGAUUAAAUGUCUUCUAGCUACGCUAUUUAGGGAGCUUGCUGUUUGACAGUCGUUCACUGGAAUCUAGGUGCAGUGUUUGUGUUAGUAUUUGUCUGUGUGUGAGCUUGCACACAUUCACACACUUGGCCAUCUGUCAGUGUCAUAGCCUCAAACCAGCAGAUGUUAUAAUGAUCUUAUAAUUCAGAGGCAGUUUCAGACAAGACAGGCCAACAAUGCAGGAGAAUGCGGCUCGCAGGCAUAACCUUCCUAACGCCAAUCUUCACUCCUUGCUCGUAUUAAACACCUCAGCAGGGGGCAUUACAGGCCCCGUAUUCCCACAAGAAGCCGCAACGAAGCUUAUGUGUGAUGAAUAGCAUUUAGUGUGAGAUUAUUGAAAUAAAAAUCCACCCUGAAAGACGUAAUCCUUUUAAUAAUGGUCUCCAGUGCCAUCCAUGAUUUAUUUUGGAAUAAAAUUCUGAGUUGACUUUU